AUGUACCCGUGUGGGAAUCUACUUUGCUCAUGCUGUGCAGUAUUUCUAAAACGUUUGGGGCUGGCUUCUGGGGAUUUAGAACAAGAACUGAUGGAUGUUGCCCAAGCCGUUCCCCGUUCCCCGUUCCUUCUCUCGCCUCACCCAACUAAGCCUGUCGCCGUGCAGAUGCUCUCUUUGUCCUGGCAGAAAACUCAAAAAGCGACCACUGUAGGCUCGUCAAAGUCAAAUUUCCAUUUGCGGUGCUCCCAAUGUCUUCCCAAACUCCUACUCGAAGGACGUCUUAUCAGGGCUGUCUCGACCGUUGCGAGUGUCAAGAUGGAAGUAGAUUUCCAUCCAGAAGUCCUGCAACUGUGCUUCUUUCAGCAUCGCAUCCGUGAGAGCCGUGCCGGCGAUACUGAAGGGAUCCGAGAUCCCUAUCCUUAG